GUAAAACAGAGCAGAAAUCAUUCAUUGGUUUUGCUCGCCGUGGGCCCAGGACUUAACAUGGGACAGCCCCCAUCCGCAUACCUCAGCAGAAAAGGCCUGGGGAAAGACACGACGCGUUCACUGAUACGCUGUUGUUCUGGUGGGCCUGGACUCAAACCGCUCUCAUCCACGACUGCAAAACCAGCGGCAGGAGCAGCAGCAGCCAGACAGGUUCGCAUCCCUCCAAUCACCAAAUAACCUAAGUAGAAUUACAUUUUGUAAAACAUGACUGCAAAAAAUCGGCACAAGAACAGUACCACUGAGAAGAGCCCUGUACCAAGUCAAGAAGAUGUACCAAAGAAGAACCAAAAAACUUCCAGCAACGGGACCACCAGUUCCCCAACCCAGGGCUCCAGCUCCGGGAGCUGCCUGGGCUUCUUUCUAUCUGCUGUAUUUUAUGUCACAUUAUUAGGGGCCGCAGGGUAUGCAGCUUUUCAUUUGCAGCAAGUAAUGGAAGAAAUUCGUCAAACAAGCGCCAAACAUGAGAAAAGCGCACAACAAAACGCAGAGCUCAUCACGAAAAUGCAGUCUGUGGCACAACAGGUGGAGUCUCUACAGAGUGUGGUGGAGGGCCUGGAGUCAUCAUUGGGCAUCACUCGGGGGGAGAUGGAGGGGGCCAUCAGUAGGAUGAAAAGGGGGGAGGUGGAGACCAGGAAGGUGGAGGAGGCCCUUCACAAGCUUCAGAAUGAUCUUCUCAGGGACUUGUCCCAGGGCAUGGCUGAAGUGAAAGAAGCACGCGAAAAGGACUUCUCCUCUCUGGAGAGGACAGUGGAGGAGCGGCUGGCAGAAGUGAGUCAGUCCAUCAAGGCCAGUGUGACAGAGUUCACAGAGGCUCAGGGAGAUGCACAGACACAACUUUCUGAACUGAAGGCACGGCUUGGGGACAUGGAAGAUCCUGCUCUGGUUAAACAGGAGCUUUCUGCAAUUGUGGACUCUGUGGUUGAAAUAAAAACUGCAAAGGAGGAAGCUGAUGCUUCUGUGGACUCCCUCAGGCAGCAGAUAAACUCAGUAAGGGAGGAGCUGCAGACACGCAACCAGGAAGUAGCUUCAUUGUCCCAAGAAAUUGAAGAGGUGCGGGCAUCGAUGCAUGAGAACAUAGGACAGCUGAAGCGCUCCCUCACUGAAGCUGAGUUAAGUGUCCAGGCAGUGAAAGACACCAGUAUAACUAUAGAAACACGAGUGGAGCAGACAGCCGAGGCUGUCCGUAGUGUGGAGAGCAAGCUGGUGGAAGCCACAGCACAAACCUUAAAAAGAUCGGAUGAACUCGAGUCUAGAGUCAAAGCCUCAGAGGAGAGUGGGGACACACUGUCCACUGCUUUCUCUGACAUCACCACUAAAGUGGAGUCUCUUCUGUCCAAGUGUGACACAUAUGAGAGCACACUGGCAGCUCAGGAUCACGCGGCAAAGCAAGUGCAAACAACUUUUGAGCAGGAAUUAGUGGUAUUAAAAAGCAUUGUGGAGGAGCUACAGUCCAGCCUGUCUGAUACUAACAGUCAGGUCAAACAGGUUUCCUCUGACUCCAGCCUCAGUGCUCAGGUGGAAGAUCUGGGGAAACGGCUAGAGGCUGUUGAAAGCAGCAGUGCAGGCAGCGUGAGGCCCGAGCAGCUGGAGAGCCUACAGAGCCUGGUCAAUAGUCUGGAGAGGAAGGCUGCCAAACUAGAAGGCCACGAAGAGGCCAUUUCUGCUCUUCAGAAAACACUAGAGGAGACCACACAAACACUGGCCAGUCUAUCCACACCUCCAGAGGUCACAGAGUAGAGAAAGCUCUAUAGCAUUACAACUAAUAACAUCCCAAAUCAUGGGCCACUGUGUGACAGUUUCAGUUAAACGUUAAAAUGAAGUGAAUGAGAGAGCGAGGGAUGUUGGACUGCUGAUCUGUGAAAUUCAAACUCAUUCUGCACUGUUUCUUUUUCUGUAAAUUUUUUUUUUAUUAUUUUGGAUUUAUGUUCAAUUUAUGUUUGAGCUGCAAUAAGUUGUGUUUAGAUCACUCCAGUUUUUUUUGUUUUUUUUUUACAAUAAAACCCU